AGACUAUAGCAAUGAAAUGAGCAAACGGGUAGCUUAUAUUGGUUUAACAGUCUAUGGUUUAAACCCUUAAUAAUUUCAGUUGUAAGGCAACCGCUUGUUGUCGUAUAGGACAACCUACUACUAUCGUACAGUCCUGGAUCAACUCUGAUGAUGGCGGGCGCUAUGGAAUCAGAGGAGCAGGCGAGGAACCGGUUUCAAUCAGAGUUGGAGUUCAUACAGUGCUUGGCCAAUCCCAAUUAUCUGAACUUUUUGGCUCAAAGGGGGUACCUACGAGAGAAACCCUUUGUGAACUAUCUGAAGUAUUUACUGUACUGGAAAGAGCCGGAGUAUGCCAAAUUCCUCAAAUAUCCCCACUGCCUACACAUGCUAGAGCUGCUUCAGUACGAACACUUCAGAAAGGAGCUGGUGAACGCACAAUGUGCCAAGUUCAUUGACGAGCAGCAGCUACUACACUGGCAGCAUUACUCCCGCAAACGCACCCGCCUACAGCAGGCCCUGGCCGAGCAGCAGCAGACACAGCAGCAACAGCCACCUCAUGGCAACACUGCUGCCAAAUGAAAGGGCGUGUUUGUGUGAGGGUCGGGGUCACUUCCAAUCCACUUCCAGUCAUUCGGGAAGGUGAACCAAAUGUUCCACAUGAAAAAGCAGGAAAAUUCUGCAGUAACUGAGCUUGAUAUGGAAUAUACCCUCGACGUAUGUGUGAGCGUGUGUGCAUGUAGCGAGGAGUCCAUAUACAGUGGAAUAUUUCACAUUUGUUUUCACAAGUGUGUUUAUUUUUAAUGGAUUUAUUUGGUUGCGAUGGAUCUACACGAUAUUUCAUAAUGUCAAGGUUAAAUGCAAUUUGCUUGAUAUUCCUACAAAACUGAUACAUGAUACAGACAACAUGUUAUACAUUGUUGAGGAAAACUUUCUGCUGACCGCUUCACACCAGUCAAUGGAAGGAAUAUAACCAGGACAAUAACCAACAACACAAGACAACAGUGGAGUUGCUUACCAAAAAUAUGGCAAAUGUUUCUGAGUAGACAUGUUUGAGUUGGUUUAGAUCUGUUUGACUUGGGUGAAUCAUAUAAUCAAAGGAUAAUAGUGUUUUGUUUUUCAUUGAUAUGACAACUAUUUUAGAGUUUUUCCUUUCAGUUUGACAUUAUAGAAUAUUUUGUGGAGGUUGUUGUUAGACAUCUUUAUUUUUUUGUGAAUGGCUGAAUCCUCCUGUUGACCCAAUUGGGCAUGACUCGAUCAGCCAAUGAUGUUGGAAGGCAGAUCCAGCAGACUACAUUAAUACAGUGGAACCCCUCAAUGUUUUUACCCAUGUUACCAUGGUGUUUUCUCCACUGGAUGCCUUCAUAUUUCCCUUUAUGUGAAUCACCAAUAACCAUUUGUGGUAAAAAACUAAGAAUAAUUUCUGGGCUUUGGAUUCCAGUUCACUCUCCUAGAAAUGUGUUUUAUAUGGGGGUUUGUAAGGUUUUAAGUUUAUGACAUUGUCGCUACUUUAGACUAAUUGGUUAACCCUAUUUGCUUCAUUUAAAAAUUCUAACUAAUUAUGUAUUAUGUUUUUGUUGCUUAUGUUUCUAAUGUGUGUUUAAGAAAACAAUGUGUAAUAAAUAACUUUAAUAUCU